CACAAACAACAGAUUUCACAGAUAACGUGGAUUGUUAAUUGAACAUUUUAAUGUUAGGCCUACUAGGCUUUGAUUUUUUUUAAACAUAGAUCACAGGGACUGCUGUAGAAAAUCUUGUUCAGGAACUGUAUCACCAUUGUUAACAAUGUUUGAUCUAGCUAGAUUUGACGUCUUCCAGAUAUGCACCACUUGACAGUGAAAAUAAUGCAAUUAUAUCGCAACCUUCUGAUACUUGUUACUUUAGCAUUCGUUAAUUUUUUGUUUUAUAUCCACGUGUUUAGCUAUAUCGCAACUGAAAAGGCAGAAAUUGAACAAUUAAAGAAACUGCUAGAGUUAAAAUAUCGUGAUUUGCAUAAGGAACCAGCACCUCGUGAUGAGUCGUCUGAGGGUGAUGUUCAAGAAUCAGUCGCAGAGCCAGUUGAGGAAGUUCGUCAAAUGAAAUUAAUAGAUCCACGUAAAGACUUUCGCUUCACCCUAAACAACGAAUACGCAUGUUUCAAUUUGGAUGGAACUUACAGAAGAGUGUUCUUGCUUGUUGUCGUGUUUUCUAUACAUGAACACUUUGAGCAGCGGAAGUUGAUUCGGAGGUCAUGGGGUUCUGUUGAAAUUGUAAAUGAUAGAAAUAUCGUAACGAAAUUUCUUCUCGGACGUGUUCACAAUUCGGGACUGCAAACACUCGUUGAGGAAGAGAACGACCAGUACGAUGAUAUAAUAAUUGGAGACUUUGACGACACUUACAAAAAUCUGACACUGAAAACCAUCCAGACUUUAAAAUGGGUAACAAACUAUUGCUCUCAUGCCAAGUAUGUAAUGAAAACAGAUGACGAUAUGUUUGUUCACUAUAAAAACAUUGUUAACUUUCUGGCGGGAAAUACCAGCAGACGAGAUUACGCUGUUGGUUACUACAUGAAAACUAAGCCAAUCAGAAACGUGCGCAGUAAAUGGUACAUGCCUAAAGACGUUUAUCCACAUGAUAAAUACCCGCCAUUUUUGUCCGGCACAGGUUAUAUAAUGUCUGUUGACCUAGUUAUGAGAAUGAACAGUGUUUCAUCAGAUGUUGCUUUUCUGCACCUGGAAGACGUUUUUGCAGGAACACUUUGGCAAAAGUUGGGAGUGAAGCCUCAAGGAAAUAAACGGUUUCAUAAUGCGCCGGUAAAAUUUUCAUAUUGUGCUUACAAGAAAUUGUUCACGUCUCACACAUCACCGAAUUUUGUGCGGGUCUGGAGAGAACUUAAAACGACAGAGAAUAAAAAAUGCUGAAGUAAUAACAACAACACCUUAAAUCGAGUACUGCACGUAACAUCUUUCCGGGAAUUUGGCCAAGCUUGUGAAAAUCGUAUUGUCGUUUAAAAUGAGUAGCAGAUCAUCGCUGAUUGUUUGAUAAUUUACCUAAAUGUGCUAAUAAAUUGCAUUGUUAAUCAAAAAGCAUUUCUGAAAGACAACACAUGCAUUAAUCAUGCUUUGUAAUAAAUGAACUCUUAGCAGAAGCGGAAAGAAUAGAAACGUACACUUC